CAAGAUGGCGGUAAUGAGCCGUUAAAACGUCAGUUAGUUGCCAACCGCCAUUAAAAAAUAAAGAAGAGGAAGAAGCCGUUGAAGUCUGAUCAUGCGACAAUUUUCAGAAUGGGUACCCAAGUGAAAGAUGUCAUCCUUAAGCCUGAUGCUCCCAACACUCUUCUAUUGGACAAACAUGCAGACUACAUCGCUGCCUACGGCUCCAAAAAGGAUGACUAUGAGUACACGCUCUCAGAGUACCUGCGGAUGAGCGGCAUCUACUGGGGGCUGACAGUGAUGGACCUGAUGGACCAGCUCCCCAGGAUGAACCGGCAGGAGAUCAUAGACUUCAUCAAAGCCUGUCAGCACGAAUGUGGAGGCAUUAGCGCCAGCAUUGGACAUGACCCCCACCUGCUCUACACUCUCAGCGCCGUGCAGAUCCUGUGCUUGUAUGACAAUGUGGAUGCGAUCGACGUGGAUAAAGUGGUGGAAUACGUCAAGGGCCUGCAGCAGGAAGACGGCUCGUUUGCAGGAGACAAAUGGGGAGAAAUAGACACAAGGUUUUCCUUCUGUGCUGUUGCUACACUUGCAUUACUGGGCAAGAUGGACGCAAUAAAUGUUGACAAAGCUGUAGAGUUCAUCUUGUCCUGUAUGAACUUUGAUGGAGGUUUCGGUUGCAGACCUGGUUCAGAGUCUCAUGCUGGACAGAUAUACUGCUGUACUGGCUUCUUGUCUCUCACCGGUCAGCUGCACCAGGUGAACGCUGACCUGCUGGGCUGGUGGCUUUGUGAGAGACAGUUGCCAUCUGGAGGCCUCAACGGACGACCGGAGAAGCUUCCAGACGUGUGCUACUCAUGGUGGGUUUUGGCCUCAUUGAAAAUCAUCGGCAGGAUCCACUGGAUCGACAAAGCCAAGCUGUGCACGUUCAUUCUGGCCUGUCAGGACGAGGAGACGGGAGGUUUCGCUGAUAGACCAGGAGACAUGGUGGAUCCUUUCCACACGCUGUUCGGAAUCGCGGGUCUCUCUCUGCUCGGAGACGAAACGAUCAAGCCGGUGAAUCCUGUGUUGUGCAUGCCGGAGGACGUCCUGCAGAGGAUCGGCCUGCAGCCGGAGCUCCUGAGCUAGCCCCCCCGACUUGUUACGCAUGCGCCACCACACCACUCAUACACACACACAGACCCAGCUGGACGCCCCUCAGCCACAACCCCCCCCCGACCACCACGGCUGGAUGUUGGGAGCAGAGAGAGGACCACAACACAUCUUAGUGUUAGCUGAAGUCUACAGACACAUUUUAGAGUCAGGUUGUGAUCUCCGUUCAGUGACGAUGUCGAGGACAGAUGGAGUUGCGCAGCUCUGGCAGGAUUCCUCUGAGCCGUUCGGUUUUAUUCCCUCAGCCACUCAUUUUAUUAUCAAGUCUGUUUUGUUGGUUCGGCUGCAGCAGGAGUGAGUUUGAGAGUUGUAAGAUGUUUUGUAGUGCAACCAUCAUCACUAAAGCCCAGAAACCACUAAGCAACAUUCCUUAAUUUUUCAACUUGCUCAGUAUGUCAGUUUGAGGAGAAACAUGUAAAAGCAGAAGGAACUGUUGUGGAAAUUAAUCAGUUUCCUAAUUCUUUCUUGCUCUCAACACCUUUUCAGCUCAUCCACUUGCCAAGAAAGUUAUUACCCUAAUUAGCUUUUUUUUUUUUAGCCAGAAACAGAAACUUGUUUUCCUCUGCUUUCUUAUCAUGUUCGUUACCCGAAUGGCUGAAGGAUAUUCAGUUUUACUCGACAGAUUUGUGCGUUUGACUGUAAAAGAGUGGAAGGAUUAUGUGUGGGAGAGAUCAGCUGAGGUAGAGGAAAGGGAAACAUAAUGAAGUUAGGGUUGCCAUUUCAUUAUGUUUAGACACUUGACAUUAUGUUUAGACUAUCCUGUUAACACUAGAGCAAUCAUAUGAACACUGUGCUAAUAGGUCUCACAAUUGGAGAUGCAACCUGACAACAGGACAAAGAUAGUGUUGUUCAUGUCGCUGCAUUACAGGUAGAGUCACUGAUUCUGGAGAAAGAUUGUUCAAUACACUGUUUGUCAAAUUCAGCGAAAAUCUCCUCAAGGUCUGCUAGCUGUCCGUUCUGUGUGUGCGCUGGGAAAAAACAAAAGAAAAGCCGGUGUUCAUACACGGCUCUGGCUCUGUAAACGGGAAACAAACAAAGUGGCUCGGGGGCUAAGAGAAGGUGGUGGAGGAAGAUGGUUCUUUAGGCCGGAUUGGAAAACAGUAAGGGUCUCUGAGUCUCUGAUGUCUUGGGGGAGGGAGUUUCAGAGCCUGGGAGCCUCCCUAGGGAAGACUCAGUCCCUAAAACUGUGAACUGUUACUCUUCAGCUAGCGCAUCGCUCUGGAUUCCACCAUAUUUCUCCUUUGGUCGUUGCCUUGGCAAUGUGCGUCCAUAAAUUUGAGGGGGGGGGGCGAAGCUUCUGAAGGAGCAUGAAGGGAGGGGUGUAUUUGUUUGGGUGUUUCAGUUCAAAUAUCAACAAUCUCUCUCCAGAAUAACUGACUCUACCUUUUAAACGAACCGCAGUUUACAGUUUUCAGUACAAGCAGACAAUUGUUUUGGCAGGAUUUGGAAGAAGAGGCAAUGUUUGUUGACUGGAGACACCCAGAGGUUGAACACAUGGCGGUAUCAUCGUCUCUCGCCAAGUAUAUUUAACGUCUUAUCUGCAGUCUCAGCUACACUAGUAAUUUAAAUCUUGUUACUCAGUCCAGUGUUGUAACGCAGCUGUUGGCAGAGAGGUUAGAUUUGCCCUCACACUGUGUGUCGUGAUACAUUUCCAGCCCUAAGUUUUGAUUAUUCAUGAGCCGUUCUGUGUGAUGGCUCUGAGACAAUUUCAGACUUUAUUUUAUUAAAUCUAUCAGAUCCUUUUUCUUUUAACUGAUGUUAAUGUCGCUGCGCUGCUGUCUUACUGAUUACAAAUGUGUCUGCUGGAUAACUGCUCAGUGUUGACAUUGUUAUAAAAGAUAAAUCAGUUCUCACGUUGUCCCCAAUUUAAGUCAUUCUCGUUGAGUGGUUUAUUAACGAUAUUUCAACAAAAGCUGAUGUUGACCUGUGAUUUCAGGGUUAAAAUCACAGUUCCCAAGGAUUUGUGCAAAGUUUACAAUUAUUUAAAAUCUUUAAAAACAGCUAAAAACCUGAACUCUGACCUGAAAAACCUGUUAAACGACCAGGCUUUGUCUUUGUGUUGUGGGGCCAAACCUAAUCCUAAAAGCUACUUACUGUUACACAACUGGAUGUGUGAAUAUUAAUGUAACUUAUUUGUUGUUUGUCUGGUUUGGCAAUAAAUGUACAAUUUUCCCCUCAA